GCAAAUAAUAUGUAACGAAGGUAUUAUAUAAUUUUAGAAACGUGAAGCAUCACUUUUAAACUUUUGAUCUUAAGUUUGGAAGGUUUAAAAGUAUUAUUUCAAUUGUUUUUGUUUUUAUGGGAUUUUUAAGUUAGGUAAUAUUUCUUGUAAUUCACUUGUACAAGGUUUUCGGGUUAUGAUUAGAUUUUUUUUUUUUUUUUUUUUUUUUACGGGAUAGAUUAAUUAUUCAACUUAGGAGAAAGCUUCGUAAAAGUUAGUUUUAGUAAACAGUAUUCGUUCCAUGCAAAAAAAUAAAAUCACAUGAAACUCUUUACAUCCAACCCCACUCCACUAGUCCACUUGGCCCCUUUAAAAAUCUCAAAUGCAAGCCAAUUAAUAAGCUAGCUUAAGACACCCUCAUUUUCACAAUCAUUUACACAACUCAUUCCUCCAAUUCCAUGGAGCAUCAUAAUAACAUCACUCCAUCCUCUCCCCCAUCACCACCACCCUCGCCGCCACCGCCGCCACGAAAAACCUACAAACUAACAGCCACAUCCAUCUCCUACACUAAAACCACCACAAACAACUCCACUACUUCUUCCUACACACCAACCUUCCUCUUCAAAGAUUGCACCUCCACUCUACCUACCUACAUUCUCCAAGACAUCUCAUUAACCGCCUUCCCUUCCCAAAUACUCGCAAUAGUCGGCCCAAGUGGUGCAGGCAAAUCCACCCUCCUCGACAUCCUAGCAGCUCGAACCUCCCCCACCUCCGGCACCCUCUUCCUCAACUCCCACCCCAUCUCCCCUUCCUCCUACCGUAAACUCUCCGCCUACGUACCUCAACACGACGCAUGUCUCUCCCUUUUAACCGUCUCUGAAACCUUCGCCUUCACCGCCCGUCUCCUCCACCCUACCUCCACCUCAAAAGAAAUUUCCGACGUAGUUUCGACUCUCCUAGGAGAGCUUCGUCUACGACAUUUAUCAAACACUUGGUGUACAAAAAAUCUUUCCGGAGGCGAACAACGAAGGGUCUCGAUAGGCCUUAGUUUACUACAUGAUCCCGGUAUCCUCCUCCUCGACGAACCCACUUCAGGCCUCGAUAGCGGAUCAGCCUUCAACGUAAUGCAAACCCUUAAAUCGAUCUCGAUAUCGAGACAUCGAACCGUCGUUGUAUCGAUCCAUCAACCUAGCUUUAAGAUCCUCUCUACUAUUGAUCAAAUUCUUUUAUUAUCUAAAGGAAGAGUUCUUCAUCAUGGAAGUUUAUCUUCCUUACAAAACCACCUUAAUUUUCAUGGUUUUAAUGUUCCUCCUCAACUCAAUGCCUUAGAAUAUGCCAUGGAAAUAUUAAACCAACUACCCGUUCCUCCAUCUCCUACUCAUAACACAAAUGAUAAUCGUCGCGAUACGAUUGAGAUUAAAGAGAAGAUUAAGUAUAAGAGUUCAAGGGUUCAUGAGAUUAUCACACUUUCUAGAAGAUUUUGGAAGAUUAUAUAUAGGACAAAACAACUUCUUUUGACAAAUACAUUAGAAGCACUUAUUGUUGGUCUUGUUUUAGGGACAAUUUACAUUAAUAUUGGGUAUAACAAAGAAGGGAUUCAAAAAAGAUUAGGUCUUUUUGCAUUUACACUCACAUUUUUACUAUCUUCAACAACAGAAACCCUACCAAUUUUUAUUAAUGAAAGGCCAAUCUUAUUAAGGGAAACUUCUAGUGGGGUUUAUAGAGUGUCAUCUUAUCUUAUAGCAAAUACCCUUGUUUUUCUUCCUUAUUUGCUAGUCAUUUCUAUAAUCUACGCGUUUUCGGUGUACUUCCUAGUAGGCCUAUGUGCUACAUGGUUGUCGUUCGGGUACUUUGUGCUAGUGAUUUGGGUGAUUGUACUUAUGGCUAACUCGUUCGUACUCUUCCUUAGCUCGGUUGCACCAACGUACAUAGCCGGGACCUCGUUGGUGACCGUGAUCCUGGCCGGGUUUUUCCUCUUCUCAGGGUACUUCAUUGGUAAGGAGAGUAUGCCUAAGUAUUGGGUUUACAUGCAAUACUUGUCAAUGUACAAGUAUGCCCUUGAUGCAUUGCUUAUAAAUGAGUAUUCAUGUCUUGUUACAAAGUGUUUGGUGUGGUAUGAAGAGAGUAAGAGUUGUAUGGUAACAGGACAUGAUGUGUUGGUAAAAAGAGGGUUACAUGAAGGGCAAAGAUGGAAUAAUGUUUAUGUUUUAGUUGGGUUCUUUGUGCUCUAUAGAGUGCUUUGUUUGUUGGUUUUAAUUAGGAGGGUAUCAAGGUCCAAAAAGUAAUGAAUUUAAUUUAAUGAUCAAUUGUAAAAAUAAUGUUUGUUCUAAGUUGUACAAACAAUGCAAUGUUACAAUUAUUGUAAUUUGUUGAAUAUAUAAGUUCAGUUAUCUUAUUUCUCUUUCAAUAGUAGUACAUACAUUAUUGAUUAGAUUCGUUACAUAUAUACAUCCAUGAGCAUAAAAUAAGACGUGGGACAUUCAUUGUUAUAUU